CGGCUACGAGACAGCAUAACCAGGAGACAAAUGGAGAAGCAAAAAAAAGACAAAAGUGCAGAUUUGGAAAUUACAGUACCCAUUCGACAUUCUCAUAAUACUUUGGGGAAACCAGAAUGUGGAAUAUAUGAAUACGCCCCUAGGAAAAACAUUUUCCCACCAAAAAAGGAGUUAAAGCGAGGAGACUGGAAAACAGAAAGCACAUCCAGCACUACAAGCAGUGCAAGUAACCGCUCCAGCACUCGGAGCACACUGAGUGUCAGCAGUGGGAUGGAAGGGGACAGUGAGGACAAUGAAGUCCAAGAUACAACUAGAAGCCGCAGCCCAGUUGCCCACCAAGCAGAGAGGCUGCCUUUCCCAGAAAGGCCUCCCAGAGUGCCUCCUCGAGGUGCAAGCAGACCUGUAAGCUGUGAAGCCUUUUAUCCUCCACCUGUGCCCCCAAGAGGUCGCUGAAUCUCUGAACAUCUGUGGAACAUGAGAUUUUUCUGUUUGUAUGUGUGU